AUGUUGUCUAAGGAGUUGGAAUCAGUCCCUCCUGUAAGUGGUGCUGAUGUCUCCUGUUGCAGAGAUAAUUGCUUCAUUAUUGAAGGAAAGGACUUAAAUGAGGCAAUUAAAAAGCAAUCAAAUAAGAAUUAUAGUUCCUUUGAUUCCUCGCCUCCUGUGGAAAAAUUUAAUGAAUUUGUGACAAGUGAUCUUGGAGAGAAUUCUGUUGAUUUGUGUGAUGAGAGUAAACCUUUGCUUGUUGGUGCUAGUCCUUGUACAACAGAUGAAGUCACUGGUGGAAAGACAAAUGACUUUAAUUCAUCAGUUAAAAAGGAAAUAUGUUAUGAUAAAAUCAUACCUUUACCAGAAACUACGAAAGAUAUGAACAAAUUGAAAGACAAUGGUACUGAUAACUUUGGGUAUGAUGUUGGUAACAACCACAUCAAGUCAGAAGCAUUUUCAGACAAAACCAGGUCUCCGGUAGCAACACCAACAACAACUAAAGAAACUAUAGUCUUAUGUAAUGAUUUAGAUAGUGUUUGUCAAGUGAUUCCGUUAUCAUUUAGUCCAAAUCUGUAUCCUGAUGUAGGCUCAGUGCCUCUCAUUAACUGUCAAGCGUCCAGAAAAAGUGCAUUGCCUUCUCCUAUGUUCUCUACUGUGGUAUCUACUGCAGAUGAUAAUAGUGAUUCGUAUGUGACUGUGCUCAGUCGCACUGGAAAUCGUGUUAGGUCAGCUGCCUCUUGGCCUCGUAGAAGGCCUCAGUCGUUGCGUGUUGCUAUCUGUUACUCUACUCCUGAGUGUAGGCAAGAAGUGAGCAAGCCUGUGUCUCCAGUUGACUCACAAGAAAUUGGUAUGAGAGACAUGUCUCAUGGUAAUGAAGCUUUGCAUCCUUCAUCCAGCACCACAAGUUUUUUGAAAGCCUGGGGAAGUUUAGAGAAUUUAGAGACAAAUAAAAGCUCAAAAAGUAUAUGUGGGUUUGAAUCUUCUUUUAGUCAAUCUCAGCCAGAUUGCAGCAAGUUGGAGGAUUUUUUCCAGGUAGAUUCUGAAAGCAGGCUGGAUAUGUUGAAUUAUGUGCAAGUGAAAGAAAAGAGUUAUGAAUCAGAUAUUCAAGAAAUCUUGACAGAUGUUUCUGGUGAUCCACAGAAAAUUGCUUCAGCUGCAUCUCUACCACUAGUACAGAGUUCACAGAUCAAUACAAGACCAAGUAAUUUACCGCAAUUGGAAAUGGUGUCUCCUGUUUAUGCAAGUUAUCUAAUGUCACCAAGUAGUGAUAAAGAAAACGACCCCGCUUUACUGUCAGUUAGACCAAAGGUGAGACAGUCUCCUCGAAGGAAGAAAAACUCUCCUAAGAAAAAGUCAAAGUCUCCAAAGAAAAAUAAAACGGGUAACACGAGAGAAGAGCAAAAGUUACAAAAGGCCUCUUCUUCUUCAGAUUUUGGUAGUGAGGUUUCUGUACACAGUAUUAAAUGUGGGAACUUGGAUGAUGAUGUUUGGGCUGUUGAUGAUUUUCUUCCACUGCCAAAGAAUAAAAUCGGUAACACCUUACCAUUGGGAAUGCAGGACUUUGAAGUAUGUAACUCUCAUGACUUUAAAAGCACAUCUUUGCAGCCUUUAAUGCCUCCAAGUGAUGUGCAAAAGCAUAGUCCCAUCCACAGUUCCAGUACUAAAGAUUUUGAAAACAGUAUGGUCACAAGUACAUUUUCGACAGACACAGGAUAUGAGACUGAAACGAAUAGAAGUGAAAAGGACAGUAAUAUAGACGAUAAAGUAAAGAUUCUUAUUAAGCAACCUGUAAAUGUUAGUGAUACUGAUUGCAAGUUGAAGGAUCAAAAUCUUCCACUGAAUGCCUCAAAUUAUAGCUUGGCUGCAUCAUCUGAACUUGCAUCUCAGGCUACGACCCCACAUACAAUGGCAGAGGAUUUUACCGAGUACUACAGUAUUACUUCUGAGCUGUCAAAUGCACCAUAUUCAACUCGCCAAGGUGCAGGAGAAGAUACUCCUGACUACUUGAGCAUUUGCUCUGAAAUGCCAGGAGUACCAAGGUUGCCAGAAGACAGUCCUAUGGUAGAUUUUGAGAUGAAUACACUGUUUCCAGAAGUCAGCAAAUGUAAUAAUCUUUUGUCAAGUCCUUUGGAUUCCCCUGAGAGUGGUGAACCAUCAACAAUGACUGAUUCUCCUAUUACUGUUGCCAAGUCAGUUGUUGAAGAUUUAGAGGAGAAGAACUCUCCAGAACAUGGACCGUCUGAUGGAAGUCAUUCUGCAACACCAUCUAUAGCUGACAGUUCCCCAAACACCCCUGAUGAGGUGCCUUCCCAGGAACUGGUAGAAGUCAAUUGCCUUUUGAACCCAGUCCAAUUUGGUCACCUGCACACUACUUGGUUCACUCUGUUACAAGGGCCUGUGAAAGGGAUAAUUGCAGAUCCUUACUCAAGGUAUGUAUACAGGUGUAUGUAGUAUAAGUACAUAUUUCAAACCUCAUUGAAACAUUGAGUAUGGAUAAAACUUGACAACUUGAGUUUAGUUGCAGUGCAGGCCUGUUGGUUUAUUAGUGCUGUGUUGAUAUUUUAUGCAUUCAAAUAAUAUACAGGCAUUGUUUUUACUUAGCCUUAUAUUCAGUAAUCUCAAUGAUUCUGACCCUGUUACUAUUCACAGAACCUGUGAAGUAGCUCCUUAGCUUUUUGUUACUCCAUUCUUUGAUUUUUAUCUUAAAGACUAACAUCUCAAGUUGAGUGAUUCUAGUAACAUAGGGGGCAACCCAUGAAUAAUGAUUUUAAUGAUCUCAUCUGAAUUUGGUACAAGUCACACCUUUCCUAGUCAACAACUGUGUCAUUCAAAUUGAAGCACAGUACAUAUUUUAGCUUCAGUUAACAUCCCUCUUUAGUAGCCAUUUGGCUGAAGUUGAAAAAAAAAGCAUGUGAAUCUAAAAACUACAUAAUACAACAGUACAGUAUAAUCGCUUCAACAAAAUUUUAAAGAUGCUUUUACAGGUUUGAAUCACUGAGAUUAGUAAACAUUAGGUUUAAGAAAGUAGGAAAGUUCAGUGGUGUGUAAUUAUUAAAAAUAUAUAAAAAUUUUCCUAAUAUUGUACCAUAUACAGUAGUAUAUAUUUAAAUCUCAUGUACCUACAUUGUUGAACACCAGUUGGAUUUUAUAUGGUUUACAUUAGAUGAAAGAUUCAAAGGAGGAUUGAUAGUGACUAUACAUGCUAUACUAUACGUAUACAUAUACGUAUACUAGUGUGUGUGUGUA